GUAGCCUCUUAACCGGAAACGGCCGUCUGCCCCGAAAUCUGUUGUUUUAAAAAUUACAAUUGCACAACAAAUUGAAAUAUUGUUAAGCCUUUAGUUUGCUAAUCUUAGAAAAAUUUAUUGCAUCCAAUCCAUUUUUUUUAAAUCUAACCGAAUUAUUAUUGUCAUCAAGGACAUGCCAAAACAUCCAAGAGGAAUUCUUGGUGUGCCAAAGGACCCGUCACGACAGAUCUUGUUCUCAUUCCACGCCCGAGAUGGUGAGGAAUGGCCCUCAGACGAGGAGGAUUCCGACUACUCUCCAGGAUUUGACUCGGAUUCUGACCGUGAACGUAAAUCGGCUAAACAAAUAAACAAGAAGAGGAAAUCAAACACUCAGAAAAUCAAAAAUUCUUCGCCAAAAAAGAGGAAAAGUUCCACUGUAUUGUCUACAGUAGGAACUUCACAAGCUAACUCACCAGCCAUUGUCCCCAGUUUGCCCCCAGAACUCUGGUACAGAAUUUUCCAGAUGAUUGUCCGCCAGGAAGGAGCACUGCCAUUUCUUCAGAGAGCCCAGAAAGUGUGCCCCCAGUGGGCCCAUUUGGCGACACAGCCGGAGCUCUGGGAGAGAGUGGACAUGUCCCUGGGCAUAUACAACGGGUGGAGAAAGCUAACACAUGCAGGGUUCACACGUUUCUGUCAGAGCCGACUGUCUGCUUGCAAGCAUCUCAACCUGUCCAAUUGUGUUUUCAUGUCCAAGCCAUGGGCUGUCAAGGCCAUUCAAGACCACUGCACACAGCUUGAGAGUUUGAACCUGUCCCACUGUAACAAGCUGCCCAAUGGCUCUUUGGAGCAACUGUUUCAACACCUGACACACCUAAGGGAUGUUGACCUGUCAGCAACAACUUCAGAUGCUGUGUCAAUAAAGACACUCUCGGUUCUUACCUUGACAUGUGCAGAGCAGCUGACGAGGAUAAGCCUUGCUGACAACCGCCUUGUUAGCGUUCAGAGAUUGGCCGAAUGCUUUAAGGAAUGCAAAUAUUUACAACACCUGGACUUGAGCAAUUCCAAGCUGUCCAUGCAGACAGUGAACAUUGAGCAUCUUCAACAGACGUUUCCCCAACUGAAGACCCUGUACCUCUCCAACACAUCGAUCGCAGCUCUCGAUGUAACGCUUGAUGUGGAAACUGCAAGUGCUGGAUUUCCCCACCUUGAAGAAUUGAGCGUUGCUUGUACAGACUCCUCUAUGAUCUCGCAGUCUUUCAUUUGGCGGAUGUUGAAAGGGUCUACUAAACUUCGACUGUUGGACAUGCGGGGUUGUACCCAGAACCAUGUGGUCAAUGCACUGACCAACAUUCCAGCCACGGAUGUGGAGCAGCUUUAUCUGGGGCGCAGUCAGGCCAGGUCAUGUAGGGAGUUGGAAAUGAUUAUCAGAAAGUGGCAGCACAGCCUCACCGACUUGGACCUGUCCGGGAUGACGUUCCCGGACCAGGAACUGGCUGACAAUCUUGCUGCUCUCCUUCCUGCGGGAGGCUCCAAUGACAGGCUGCACACACUGAACCUCUCAGGAACAAACGUUACCAUGCACACACUCAGGUCCCUCUUACCAAAACUGCCCAAUCUCAGGGAGCUGUGGCUGAGUUCCUGUAGGGAGCUUGAAAGGGGCUGCAAAAGGGACUAUAAAACCCCCGCUGAAAUACGGGAGCUUCAAACAAGCCUCUAGAUAGUGGAGAGUUGUGAAAAGGGAUUUACCUUUUUUUCGUAAUACCUUAUUACACAUGAAUAUACAUAAUUUUAAUACAUGUAUUUUUUAUUUUUUUAACAUAUCCGUAAUAUUUGUUGUUAUUUAAGUAUUUUUAUAUUGUAAUACAACCAACUUGCCAGAGACAUAAAACAUAUGUUUUUGCUUUAUUAAUACUUGUUAACAUGUAUUUUUAGAUAGUUAAAAUUAGCAACAACAUAAACAGUGGAUAUAAGUAAACAUAUGCAUCCUUGAUGUUGAUUAAUAAGUUGUCCAUGGCUGCAAAUGUUUGUUCACUGCCCUAUGAGUAAUGUGAUUUGUAUGUAUGUAUGUAUACGAAUGCAUGAACUUGUUUAUAUGUCUUUUGUGAAGUAAAUACAGCCUUAAAAUUAGGUAUAUCAUAUAACUAUUCAGAUGUUUGUGUACAUACAGAAGCAAGGGAAUACAGAUCUGUAAUCAAAUUUAUGUCAGUAAUCUUAAUGUGUUUUAAGCAUUUACAGUCAGAUAAGUUAUUUUGGCACUUUGCUUCCUACAUGGUGCACAUAUUUGUAAUGAUGCUAAUAUAAACUUCACUGUUUUGCGGUUUAGUUCAACUGACAGAAUGGUUUUAUUCUAAAAUAAAGUUUUGUGGUCGGUGUCAGUUUGUAAUAUAUAAUAUUUGUUCCUUUGCACAGCAAUAUAUUCCCAAAAACUUAAAUAUAACUGCUUGAGAUAGAAAUUAACAAGACGUGCACUGGAUGUUCUUGAUAGAUCAUUAAAAAGUUUUUGAUUUAGAAGACUAUUUCAACCUCAGUUUGUCAUGGCAUAAAGAGUCAAACUUCUCCAUUUUUUUAUGUGCUUGGCCAAAAUUUACAAUUGAUAUGGAAAAAUGCUUUGUUUAUUUGCCCAGAGCUGCAUCUACUCAUGCAGGGACACAAACAGCGAUUGGCCUGUCUGUCCAUCUGUUCGUCAAAGAUUAAACCAAUAUAAGUCUUAUAACAUCAAAAUGCUUGCUACAAAGCUUUUAAAGCCUUUGAAACUUGCAUGGAUGAUGUCAUUGUACAGUAUCAAUCCAUCCACAUUACCCGACCUCAUUUUGACCUUGAAAUUUACCCACAUUUUUAUUUAGACUAAUGUAGAAGGUCCAAAUUCUUGGGUAACUGAAAAUGACACAUUUCAUCUAAUACCAAUAAUGCUUCAUGAAAAGCUUUCCAAAAAGGUUGUCUAUGAACUCCCGCAACACAGCCACCCUGAGAUCAUCCUGCAAAUGUCACUAUAGCGAGGUAUUAUACCCUGGGAUCAUCGUUAAGAUGUUUUUAUAUAGUGGGAUAAUACCCUGAGAUCAUCCUGCAAAUGUUAUUAUAUAGUGGUAUAUUACCCUGAGGUCAUCCUGCAAAUUUCACUAUAGAGAGGUAUUAUACCAUGGGAUAAUCCUGCAAAUGUGAUUAUAUAGUGGUAUAUUACCCUGGGAUCAUCCUACAAAUGUCAUUAUAUAAUGUGAUAAUACCCUGAGAUCAUCCUACAAAUGUCAUUAUAUAGUGGUAUAAUACCCUGGGAUCAUCCUGCAAAUGUCAUUAUAUAGUGGUAUAUUACCCUGGGAUCAUCCUACAAAUGUCAUUAUUUAGUUGAUAAUACCCUGAGAUCAUCCUACAAAUGUCAUUAUAUAGUGGUAUAAUACCCUGGGAUCAUCCUGCAAAUGUCAUUAUAUAGUGGUAUAAUACCCUGGGAUCAUCCAACAAACGUCAUUAUAUACUACUCAAAAUUUGCUAAGGAUCACUUUUUAUUUUCACAUUGUCUUCAAUUUAAUUAUCCCCCGCCAGAGGCGGAGGGAUAUUGUUUUGGCGUUGUCCGUCCGUCCGGCACUUUUGUGUUCGGAGCCAUAUCUUGGAAGUGCUUUGGCGGAUUCCAUUGAAACUUGGUAUGAGUAUAUAUAUGCAUAAGAGGAUGAUGCACGCCAAAUGGCAUUGUACACCAUCUGUUAAAAACAGAGUUAUGGCCCUUUGUAUCUUGAAAAAAUGCUUUUUACUAUAGGCACUUUUGUGUCCGGAGCCAUAUCUUGAAAGUGCUUUGGCGGAUUUCAUUGAAACUUGGUAUGAGUAUAUAUAUGCAUAAGAGGAUGAUGCACGCCAAAUGGCAUUGUACACCAUCUGUUAAAAACAGAGUUAUGGCCCUUUGUAUCUUGAAAAAAUGCUUUUUACUAUAGGCACUUUUGUGUCCGGAGCCAUAUCUUGGAAGUGCUUUGGCGGAUUUCAUUGAAACUUGGUAUGAGUAAUUAUAUAUGCAUAAGAGGAUAAUGCACGCCAAAUGGCAUUGUAUACCAUCUGGUUAAAACAGAGUUAUGGCCCUUUGUAUCUUGAAAAAAUGCUUUUUACUAUAGGCACUUUUGUGUCCGGAGCCAUAUCUUGGAAGGGCUUUGGCAGAUUUCAUUGAAAGUUGGUAUGUGUAUAUAUCCCGCGCCAGAGGCGGAGGGAUAUUGUUUUGGCGCUGUCCGUCCAUCCGUCCGUCACUUUUGAGUUAUUGUCCUCCGUCCGUCCAUCUGUCAGUAUGUUCAUCCGUCCGAUUUGCACCCAUCCUCAAACAAAGCAUAUGUUGCGGGGGAUAUCAAUUCUACAAAUUUGCUUGUUUAAUUUAAAUUGUUAUUUUGCAGGUUUUGAUAUAAGAAUGUGUGUUUUUAUUUUAUUUUUAUGUAUUGAUUUAUCAUUGAUGUGUGACGCUGGCUGAAUCUAGCUAGGGGUGAAUUUCAAAAUACACAUUCUAUAAAAAGUGAUCCUUAGCAAAUUUUGAGUAGUAUAUUUUUAGAUAAUACACUGAAAUCAACCUUAAAUGUCAUUAAUUAGUGGUACAAUACCCGGAUAUCAAAUGUCAUAAUAUAGUGUGAUAAUACGCUGAGAUUAUACUGCACAUUUAAUUUUAUAGUUGUAUGAUACCCUGGGAUCAUCAUUGAAAUGUAAUUAUAUAGAGGUAUAGUACCCUUGAACAUCCUACAAACGUCAUCAUAUAUUGGUAUAAUACCCUGUGAUCAUCCUACAAACGUCAUACACUGUGAUAAUACCGUGGGAUCAUCCACAAAUGUAAUUAUAUUGUGGUAUACUUUCUAGAGAUCAUCCUGCAUAUGUCAUUAUAUAGUGAAUUAAUACUCAUAGAUCAUCCUAGAAAUGUCAUUAUAUAGUGGUAUAAUACUCUUAGAUCAUCCUACAAAUGACAUUGUAUAGAGGUAAAAUACCCUGAGAUCAUCUUACAAAUGUAAUAAAAAUACCCUGAGAUCAUCCUGAGAAUGUAGGUAUAUUGUGGUAUUAUACCCUUAUAUCAUCCUACAAAUGUCAUUUUAUAGUGAUAUAAUACAUUUUUGUCAUCCUGCAAAUGUCAUUAUGCAGUGGUUAUUAACCAUGAGAUCAUCAUAAAAAUGUCAUUAUAUUGUAGGAUAAUAAACCUAGAUCAUCAUGCAAAUAUCAUUAUAUAGUGGCAUAAUAUACGGAAAUCAUCAUGCAAAUAUUAUUUUAUAGUUGUAUAAUACAACGAGAUUAUCUUGCAAAUGUCGUCAUAUAGUGGUAUUAUACCGUUAGAUCAUCCUCAACAUGCCAUAAUAUAGUUGGAUAAUGAACUGAGAUCAUCUUGCAGAUGUCAUUACAUAGUGGUAUAAUACCCUGAGAUCAUCCUACAAAUGUCAUUAUAUAGUGGUAUUAUUCCCUGGGAUUAUCAUAUAAAUGCCUUUAUAUAGUGGUAUUAUACCCUGAGAUCAUCCUUCAAAUAUCAUUAUAUAGUGGUAUACUACCAUGACAUCAUCCUGAAAAUGUCAUUAUAUAGUGGUUUAAUACCAUGGGAUAAUCUUGCAAAUGUCAUUAUAUAGUGGUAUAAUACCCUGAGAUCAUCCAACAAAUGUCAUUAUAAAGUUGUUUAAUACCAUGGGAUCAUAAUACAAAUGUCAUUAUAUAGUGGUAUAAUACCCUGAGAUCAUCCUACAAAUGUCAUUAUAAAGUGGUAUAAUACCCUGAGAUCAUCAUACAAAUGUCAUUAUAUAGCAGUAUAAUACUCUGAUGACAUCAUCAUACAAAUGUCAUUAUAUAGUGGUAUAAUGCUCUGAGAUCAUCCUUCACAUGUCUUUAUAAAGCAGAAUGAUGAGUGGCUUAUUUUUCGGAUGUUAAAAAGUGCGGACAUUCUCAUCUCGCGAUUAAGUUUCAUAAUUAAAAGAUGCUUCCGUUUUUGUUAGUUUUGACCCCAGAUACAUCAUUUGAAAAAACGUAUAAGAAGAAAAGAGGAAAUUUAUUUCAAGUAACACACCAAAUAUCAAACCCCUGACCAUUGUGGUUUCAAAGAAGAAGAUUUUUGAAGUUAUCGAUAUUUACUUUACAAGUUGUAAAUUAGUCCCUGGAUGUGGCAAGACUUGACCCCAGGGGGCAUGAGUUGAACAACUGAAGCAGUGGACUAUUAUGAGAAGUUCCAUUCAAAGUUUUCAGUGACACACAUUUUUUUAUAUAAUUAAACAAGUAACACUUCGGGCUGGGUCAAAAAAAGGAAUGAUUUUAACAAAGUUGUUUCAGGACCAGUGUACGAUGUUAAACAAAACAUAAAUCCCUGCCUUAACGUUUUGAGAGAUUUUUUUUAAAAUAUAUGUCUUAAAUUAUUUCUUCAUAAUUGGGUGUUGACAGUUUUUCCCGAGGGACGAUAUUAAAUAAACUUGGUAGAGGACCACAAUACAAUGAUACAUGCUAAAAACUAUUUGCCUUGCGAGUUCAGAGAAGACAUUUUUAAGUGUUUGCGCCAUACAUAUAAAGCAAGUAACCCUCAGGGAGGGGCAAAUCUGUACCCCGGGGGAUUAUUUAAAAAAAACUUAUAAAACUUCGGUUCGUCCGAACGAUCAAUAAGAGUGACUUCUAAAUAAUCCCUCCUUAAACUACUUUCACCUUAAGUCGUAUUUUGGAACGGAUAGAAUCAAUUUCGAAUUCAGUUGAAAUAUCAUGAGCACGAUUGUUCUGAAUGUUUCAUAAUGAUUUGGCAAAACGUUUGACUUAUAGAUUGUUCACCCACAUAAGGAAAACUCUUUGCCCACAGUCACUCAUAUUUUUCAGUAGACCUGAACCUUUUUCAAACUCAACAGAUACACCAUUUAAAAAAGCUUUCUUAGCAAGUUUCAUGAGUAAUUAGUCAUGUUGCUACAAUAUUUCUGGAAAAUAAAUGGUAUUCUGUCAGAUAUAAUUUGAAAUGAAUUCUUAACAUUGCCUCUUUGACCCAGUACAAUGUAUUAAUAAUACUGACUAUGUAAUGCAUGAUAGUUUAUUUAUAUUUGGCUCAAGCAAUGGUUGUGCUCCAAUGGUAAUCACACUUUAUGGGAUAUAAUUACAAUUAAUCUGAUUUCAGGCAUAAAUGACAUUUGUGCAAAGAGAGCUGAAGUCCACAAGUAGAUUCUUCAAGAGGAAGAGGAGAAGCAAAAACUGCAAAAUGACAUUCGAAUCCUGACAGAGAGCCUCGCAAAGGUCAAUGAGAGCCUGAGUAAAAAGAUGGCUUCAAGGAAUGAGUUUGACAAAACCAUCGCUGAAACUGAGGGUGCAUACAUGAAGAUACUGGAAAGUUCACAGACCCUUUUGAACGUAUUAAAGAGGGAGUCACAGAGUUUAAGAGAAAAGUCUUCAGCGAAGCCUAGUGCAACACCAAUGUUCUGAUGAAUAAAUCAUGCUUCUAAUCCUGCCCUUUUCACUGAUAUCACUUGUUGAUGUUGAUGAUUUAAAACCCUCUUCACAGAAACAAAAACCCUGCAGUCUUUAUUAAUGUAUUACAGGCAUUUGGCUGAAAUUGAUGCCAUAUUAUAGCAUUUCUUACAUGACAAAGUUAUUGCAUUGUGUUUAAUUUUUUAUGCCCCCGAAGGUUGGCAUAUAGUGAUCGCACUGUCUGUCUGUCCGUAACACUUUAAAAAAAAUGCUCAUAACUUCUAUGUCGCUUCAGAUGAAACCUUCAUAUUUGGUAUGCAUGUGUACAUGGACAAGGCCUUUUCAUACGCACACAAAUUUUGACCCCUUGACCUUGAACUUAGGGUCCACGUUUAGGUUUCGAAAUCUGCGUUUGCGUUUCGAAAAAUGCUCAUAACUUCUAUGUAGCUUCAGAUGUAACAUUCAUAUUUGGUAUGCAUGUGUAUAUGGACAAGACCUUUCAAUAACCAAAAGAAUUUUGACCCAUGUGACCUUAACCCUUGGGCCUGUGUUAAGGUUUUGAAAUCAGCGUUUAGGUUUUGAAAAGUGCUAAUAUAUCUCUAUGUCUCUUGAAGUAUAACCUUCAAAUUUGGUAUGCAUGUGUAUAUGGAAAACACCUUUUCAGACACACAAAAAUCUUGACCCCUGUGGCCAUGACCUUGAAGUUAGGGUCGGCAUUUAGGUUUCGAAAAUUUGUUCUCUUAUUUAGCUGUCUUACACAACUAUCAGAGUGUUUUUCGGGGGCAUAUGUCAUGCUAUGGAGACAGCUCUUGUUUCUUAUUUUUUCCUCAUAAUUGAAAUAAUUAUAAAUCAUUUGGUAGUUCUUGUAUAUGGUAUUUGAGGUUUAAUGCUUCAAUGUUGUGCCUAUAUUUUUUACACGUUUCCUGUAUGGUUCUAUAAUAGUAAACAACAAGAUCUGCGAACUUCCUCAACAAUAUUGGGUAGAUCUAUAGUAUCAAAUAGCAUGAGAUCUUAAACAUCUGCAAUUAUAGAUGGACAUAUUGUAUUAAAUGAGUGUUUAGACUGUAUGGUUCAGGCCUCGUGUUCACAAAACAUUUUUGCAAUCGAAAAUCGAUUUUAACUGACAUCGAUUUUCAUUUUUGCCUAUUAACUACAAUACAAUGGAAAUCCAUUUAAAAUGUCAUGCAAAGUCGAUUUUCGAUUGCAAAAACUGUUUUGUGAACAAGGGGCCACUUAUACUCAUAGUAAUUGUGAUAUUGUGUAUCAUUCAUUUGUUCCAUUUUUUUAUUUGUACACAUGAGAUAGAGGUUAUGUUUGAUGUUGGUGAAAUUACCCAGUUUGCAGAAAUGUACAACAAAGCCACGUGGCUGUCAGUCCAAUUGUUUGCAGUAAAUCUAAGGAUUAUU